AUUGAAGAGGAGAAAGCAUCACAAUAAGUUACCAUGAAUUCAGCUUUUGGGAAUGUGUUUUUGUUUCUUACCGACUUGGCCUGGAAGAGCCGUCUAACAAUUCCUGUGUUGGUGACCACAGCUUUCUUGGUUAUGGACAUACGACUUCAGAUCGAAAUUAACAUACAAUCAGGACAAGUGAAUGCUAGUGAUUUGGAGGACGAGGUCUUUGAAGAACGAUUAGCCGAACACCACCUUCAUGAUGUCGAUGAGGAGAGCGACAUUUAUUCCGAUGAUCUAGAGGAGUAUACAAAUGAUGAGGGCAACAGCAGCGACGCCUCGCGUUAUAGUUUAGAUGUCUACGAUGAUAUGGGCUCAGAAUAUGACGUAGAUGAGGAACUCGAUUGUUACUGGUCAAACGACACAAACGCCUAAGCGUAAAAUAUAAAUUUAUAGUUACAAAUCACAAGAAUAUAGUUUAGAAUUUGUGUAGUGUAUUCCCAGCAUUGAGUAUGCAUAUAUAAAUUUAAGUUCGAAAUAA